GCGGUCCCGGCCUGUCGGGAUAGAAAGAGGCGGCCGGGCGGCUGCCGCCACAUCGUGCGCGGAGCCGGGCCGAGCAGCAGCCAGCGCUGCAGCACCGCUCCUUCCCCGGCUGCCUCGCGUGGAGAUUCUCCUGCCUUUCUUGUUAUAUUUUUUUUUUAUCCCAAAUUUAACAGGGAAGAUAUUUUUAUUUUAUUUUUUUUUAAUAUAUAUAUCGAUAUUUUUUUUUCCUCGCAGCGGGGCUCGCCCGGCUGCGCUGGGGCUGUUCCUACCCGGCUUUGUGCCCUGCAGACCCGGCCCUCCUCUUCCUCCUCCUCCCCCUCCUGCCGCAAAACCUUCACGAGGCUCUCAGCAGCACCGAAAGCGCCGCUCGCCCAAACCACCGACUGCAACAAAACCCCUUUUUAUUAUAUAUAUUUUUUUAUCAUAUAUUUCCCCCUCCCCUUUUUUUUAUUUCUCCUCCUCCCUCCCGCGAACGCAUCAAGGUGGACGCGGAGCGCAAAACCACCUUUGUUUUAAAGAUGCCCAUGGAGCUGACGCAAAGCCGCAUCCAGAAGAUUUGGCUUCCCAAUGACAACCGCCCGGCGCUGCCCCGCCGCUCCUGUGGGCCUCAGCUUGCCAAUUCCCCCACUGUGAUAGUCAUGGUUGGCCUCCCAGCCCGUGGCAAGACCUACAUCUCCAAGAAGCUGACUCGCUACCUCAACUGGAUCGGUGUCCCCACAAAGGUUUUCAACGUUGGGGAGUAUCGCCGCGAGGCCGUGAAGCAUUACAGCUCCUAUGACUUCUUCCGGCCUGACAACGAGGAGGCCAUGAAAGUCAGGAGGCAAUGUGCCAUGGCUGCCCUGAGGGAUGUGAAGCUGUACCUGACGGAGGAGGCCGGGCAGAUCGCGGUUUUUGAUGCCACCAAUACCACACGGGAGAGGAGAGAUAUGAUCCUGAACUUUGCCAAAGAGAACGGGUUCAAGGUGUUCUUCAUCGAAUCUGUCUGCAAUGAUCCCAACGUAGUUGCCACCAACGUUAUGGAAGUCAAAUUGUCCAGCCCAGAUUACCGGGACUGUAAUUCCACUGAUGCCAUGGAGGAUUUCAUGAAGAGGAUCAAUUGUUACCAAGCCAGCUACCAGCCCCUCGACCCUGAUGACUAUGACAGGGAACUUUCUCUCAUCAAAGUCAUCGACGUUGGCCGGCGGUUCCUGGUCAACAGGGUUCAGGAUCACAUCCAGAGCAGGAUUGUUUAUUACCUGAUGAACAUCCACGUCCAGCCCCGCACCAUUUACCUCUGCCGGCACGGGGAGAGCGAGUUCAACCUCAAGGGCAGGAUUGGAGGGGACUCUGGCCUCUCCAACAGGGGCAAGAAGUUUGCAGUGGCACUGAACAAAUUUGUGGAAGAGCAGAACCUGAAGGACCUCAAAAUUUGGACCAGCCAGCUAAAGAGGACAAUCCAAACAGCAGAAGCUCUCCAGCUGCCCUAUGAGCAGUGGAAAGCACUCAAUGAAAUCGAUGCUGGUGUGUGUGAAGAAAUGACCUAUGAAGAAAUCAGGGAGCAGCAUCCAGAGGAAUUUGCUCUGCGGGAUCAGGAUAAAUAUUACUACCGUUAUCCUUCUGGGGAGUCCUACCAAGACUUGGUGCAGCGCCUGGAGCCAGUCAUCAUGGAGCUGGAGAGGCAAGAGAACGUCCUUGUCAUCUGCCACCAGGCUGUCAUGCGCUGCCUCCUGGCCUAUUUCCUGGACAAGAGUGCAGAUGAAAUGCCCUACCUGAAAUGCCCCUUGCACACGGUGUUGAAGCUGACCCCGGUAGCCUAUGGCUGCCGGGUGGAAUCCAUCUCACUGAACAUUGAAGCAGUCAACACCCACAGAGAUCGGCCAGAGGAAGCAAAGAAGGGACCUAACCCGCUCAUGAGACGUAAUAGCGUUACCCCUCUAGCAAGCCCAGAGCCCACCAAAAAACCUCGCAUCAACAGCUUUGAGGAGCAUGUGGCUGUUUCUUCUGCCCUGCCAGGCUGUGUUCCUCAGGAAGUGCCCACGCAGAUGCCGGGACAACCUUUACUAGGGAAGGCAUGCCUACCCGUUUGUCACUUUCUCAAAGUUUUCUCUUUGCUAAUAUUUCCAAGAACAUGAACAACUCCCAGAAGCCGUCGUGACUCCGUGGGCACCGCUGUGAGGCCGCCGGCGCCGCCAGCUUCUCAUCCCAUCGCCGUUCCCGAAGCUUGCUCCCACCCCGGUCCCCUCCGGCUGCUGAGCAGGAGGGAUGCAGGAGGAGCCCAGCUCCAUCCCGGGGUCACCACCAGCCCUUCAGGCUGCAGCCUUUGCUCUCCUCUCCGGCAUCCUGUUAGGUCGUAGCGAGCUGUAAAGUGCUUCUGUAGCGCACAGGAGUUUAAUUUUCUUCUCUCUCAGUGGUUUUGAUCUUCUGUGUAGAUGAUUGGUACCCAUCCGUCGCUGGGUGGGGUGUGUAUAUAUGUGGAUGGUGCAGGGUUAGUAGAGAAAUGGGGGGAAGGGGGUGGGUAAAGGGGUUUUGCAUUUUUUUUUUUAAUUAUAAUUAAUGUUGUUAAUGACUUUUGAAUAAGCCCUUAACAUGCUGUGCUGCAAUCCCUCACCCACACUACAGCUGGUCACACAUGCCAGCCUGGCUCAUGCAGAUCUGUGAGCACCAGGAAAGCAGCUGUGUGAACUCCUUCACUGCAAGAACUGCUGGGUUUUAAUAAAAAAAAACAACCCAUUCUUUCAUUUUUUUUUUAUCAACAUACCUUAAAGGGGUUUGCAGAUAAUGUAGAUCUGCAGCUAAAACUAUUUGAAAGAUGCAAGCAGUGCAUGAGGAGCCAUGCCAGCAGGGGCUUGAGUGAUGCUUUCAUCUUGGGGAGCACCCAGGGAUGGUCUGAGUUCAGGCAUGGGUUGAAUUUUGGGGAGGCUGAGCACUGUUUGAAGUGCUGUGCUGGUAUUUCAUCUCCCCUUUCUUCUUUUUCAGAUGGAAGUGGAGGUAUUGGGAAGGGUUUGAAUCCUUAGGCUUAUAUGCAUUUUGUAGACACAGGUCUCAUGGAGGUGGCCAGAGCUCUGGCUGGGUUGAAGAAGUCCCUGUCUGACUGCAAAGAGCCAUAAGAAGGGACAGUUUUGUCUGUAUUUUUUUAAUUUUAUAUAUACACGCACAGAUUGUGUGUGUAUGUAUAUGUGUAUACUUAGAAACUGCUUGGUUUUUGCACUUUAUUUGUGGCAGAAGCAUAACUACUUUAUUUUUUUCCUAGUUGUGCCCCUCAACAGGGGAAGCCUGAAUACAGGCAACUUUUUCUGUUUGUUUUUAAUUGUAUUUUGCAUGCUGGAAAGCUGGGACUACAAAAUAAUAGUAGUUACAGUGUUUGAGGUGGGGGGAAACAGGGUGAGGACCUGACUCCAUGAGCCAACUCCAUAAAGAUCCCUUGUUGGCAGCCUGUCUUGGGCUGGGAGCCAGCAGUUAAAAAUGGCAAUUAACCACUAUUGCUUUGUGCAAAAAUCUGUGGAAUUAGGACAUUUUUUUUUAGGGUUUUGUGUUGGGUUAUUUUUUUCCCCCACCUAUAUGCAACAUCUCCUUGCCCAUCUCAUGGAUUUUUUUUUUUUUUUGAGGUAAAGGCAGCCACCCUUCCUGCAGCACUAGGCUGGGGAACUGGAGGUGGGCAACCCUUUGGGAUUCAUCCUUGCCAUGCCACUCCCCAGUGUCCUGUGUAGGGAACACCAUCCCCAGAGAUGGAAUGGGAGAGGUUUUGAUGGAGAGAUGAUCUUUUUGUGAGUGUGUGCAUGUUUUGGGGGUGGGUUUGGUCUGUUUUUUCCUUUGGGAAAAGGUGAACCACAGUGCCUCGCGCUCUGGCCUUGCGCUCGGAGCGGCACCGACGGCGGGAGGGCUCCGGGGCCACGCUCAGCCCGUGUCCCACGGGGGUGACAGUCCUGGCAGUGCCCUGCCUGUGUCAGCUUGUGCAUAUGUGUAUCAUAUUCCUGUACAGAUAAAACAAAGAACAUCCCCCCCCCUUACUCUGCUUUAUUUCUGUUUUAAUAGCCUCAUUAAAAGCAGACUUCUCCCUCUGUGCCCUGGGUGGCAGCUACGCUGUUGGUUUCUCUGCCUUUCAGAUAAAUGAAUGUUUUGGGGGAGGCCACUCACUGGGCUCUUUGCAGCUUCCUCCUUCGUGGGGAGUUUUUAUCUUUCUCCUCCUGCUGCUGCAAAGAGAUAAGCCAGCAAAUACAAACGUGACGUCUGGCUGCCCCCGAGAUCAAUCCUGUACACAUGUAAUUGCACGGGUGUUUUGGUGUGUAUUUGUGUGUAUAUAUAUAAAUAUAUAUAUAUUAAAAAAAAAGCAGAAAAAAACAAAAUGGCCCUUAUUUUUCAUCCUUGAGUAAUAAUAUGGCUCAGUAGAUCUACAAAACCCUGAAAUUAAAGCAUGGUGUUUUUUCCAGCACUGGGAAAAAUGGCUCUUCUGAGUUCCUCUUGUGCUAGAGGGCUUGGUGGGAUGGUGUCAACCCUGUGCCAUCACAACUGCCCCAAAAAACUUGCUGUCCAUCUUUUUGGUUAACAGAGCCAAGGACUGGGCAGCUGAUGCCACAGCCAAGGCAGAUUGGGAGAGAGGACAUGUCAAACCACACCGAUGGUUUCUUCCCCCGCCAUUGUUUUUUCUCUGGUUUGUUUUCCUUUGUGAUAUUUGAAUUUAUUUUUUUAUUUUUUUUAAUAGCAAAGCGCUUUUUAUUUAUUUAAUGUAUACUGCAAAGCUUGGAGAGAAGGGUGUAGUUACUUAGGAUUACUUUUUUUUUUGAUUUGUGGUAUGUUAACUGUUCUGUAUAUACAUCUGGAAUAAUUGCCUGAUAUAAAGCUGUGCCAGCUUAAAAACAGGGUAUGCCUUUCAGAAAUUUGUAUAUUUUGCAGUUGCUGGACCAAUAAAAAUACCUUGUUGAAAUAUA